AGAGUUGCAUUUCUUAUUUGAUUUAUUCAUCAAACCAGUCAGUAUGACAACAAACGUUUUGAAGAUAGCUGGCAAUUGAAUCGCAGCAGGCAUUGCUUUGUUUAGCCAUUUAGUUGGUCUAUACCAAUGUUGACUGGAUACAGCUUUUUCCGGAGUGUUCUGUCAUUUACCUGCAAAAGGAGCUGCCAAGAAAGCAUUUCUCAAACACUUGCUCGCUCCCCUUUCUCUACUUACUCUAAAUUGUCCGCCUUUCCUUCCUUUUAUACUACUCCCUCUCAUUCUUACAGUUGGUGUUGUCCAUUUUCUACCUCUCUCCAUCUCAGGCAUUGCUCCCCCCUCUUGUGCUCACUUUUCCACUCUUCUCGUCCAACCACUCUGAUGGAUCUAAAGGAUGUUCUCGAGAUUCUGGAGCAGCUGGCCCCCCUUUCAUUAGCCGAGUCCUGGGACAACGUCGGCCUGUUGGUCGAGCCCAUUAAAGGUCGGCCUAUCAGAACUAUCCUGUUGACCAAUGAUUUGACGGACUCUGUCAUGUCUGAAGCCGAAGCCAUGAACUGUGAUCUCAUCAUAUCUUACCACCCCCCGCUGUUUCGUCCAAUCAAACGCUUGGUUUCAAAAGACUGGAAGCAGCGACUGGCAAUUCGGGCCAUCACUGCUGGAAUAGCUGUGUUUUCUCCUCACACGGCUUGGGACAGUGUCAAAGGAGGUGUGAAUGACUGGCUGGUGGGUGGAGUAGGCAGUGGCAAAGUGUCAGUGUUGAGUCAAGCCCUUGGUAGCGCUCCCCAGAUCCACCAGCUGGAGUUCACAGCCCGGAGUCAGGAGGAGCUUAACACCAUCAUGGCAGAACUGCAGGGGACAAAGAGCGGUGUCAGUUUACAGCACAAUGCUGUAAGAUCUGAGAGCGGUGGCUACCUUGUGACCCUGCUCUGUCCCGACUUAGCACUGACCCCCAGUGUUCAGACUCUGCUACGACACGCUGCUCCCAGCCAGUCUCUCAGUAUCCUGCAAACACAAAAGCCUCCUCUACCAGGCCAUGGUCAAGGGCGUCUCAGCGUUCUGGAUGAGUCCAUCACUGUGGCAACAGCCAUCCAGCGAAUGAAAUCACACCUGGGCUUGAAUCACCUUCGGCUAGCCCUCGGCACCCAGCGGAAUCUAGAGUCCACUGUAAGCACUGUAGCUGUGUGCGCCGGGUCUGGAGGGUCAGUGCUGAAUGGAGUGAAAGCAGACCUCUACAUUACAGGGGAGAUGUCCCAUCACGAGGUCCUGGAUGCUGUCGCGUCGGGCUGCAGUGUGAUUCUUAGUGAUCAUAGCAACAGCGAGCGGGGUUUCCUGUCUGUGGUCAAGGAGAGGCUGAAGGUGCGCCUGUCUGACACCGUUACUGUUGCACUUUCGCAGGCUGACCGAGACCCCCUUGAGGUGGUCUGAGAUAGUAACAGUUUUUGAACGUCAAAUGGUUUCAUAAGCGAUGCAGUGCUAAGAGAAUACAGGAGUAAUGUGUCCCAACUGAUCGAGGUUAUCCUCAUGGGUGAUUCAUUUAGUACCUACAUAAACCGCCACCUAUUAUGGUUUGCAAACUAAACUUUGACUUGAGCUGUUGUCCACUGCAGGCAAAUUGAAUGAGAUGGAUAUUUCAUGGAGGUAAUGUACAGUCACAUAGUCAAGGAUAGUAUUACACGUAAUACGGUUCUGUACUGCGAAUGAACAAAUGAUUUGUCCAUAUUGAUAUUUGAUAUUCUAAUCAUACUGUUCAUACUGCAGCAAAUGGAGCUUUUCCAAUAAUAAAGAUUGUAUGAACUAA